AUGCCUUCACAGUCCGUUUUCGUCUGCGGUGCGACCGGUACUCAAGGUGGCGCCUUAACAAACCAACUCCUGGGCAAAGACAUUAGCAUCAACGCUAUUACUCGAAACAUCAACUCCACCGAAGCUCAACGCCUGGUCUCCCUUGGCGUAUCCCUGACUGAGGGCGAUUUCGACGACGAAGAAUGCCUCAAAAAAGCCAUGGCCGACUGUACCAGUCUCUUUCUCAAUCUGCGACUCGACUUGACCCAGCCUACCGCCGAGCUUGACCAAGCUCGAAAGAUUAUCUCGGUCGCUAAAAAGGCCGGCAUCAAACACGUCAUCUACACCAGUGCCUUGGCAACCAACAGCCCCGAACGACUACCCCACUGGACUCCAUCCGGCAUUAUAGGCAUGCUUCUCCUCGGGAAACAAGCCAUCGAGAACGAAGUGAAAGCCGCCGGAUUCGAAACGUGGACCAUUUUACGUCCCGGGAAUUUCAUGUCCAACUUCUUAGACCCACUGGUUCGAAUGUACCAGGGCCUUGUCGAAACAGGCAAAUUUACGACUGCCUUUCUCCCGGACACUAUCAUCCCGAUGUCCGACCCUAACGACAUUGGCAAGUUUGCCGCUGCUGCCAUUCUUGAGCCAGCCAAGUUCAAUCAUCAGGAGAUCGAGACCGUAUCCCAGAUGAUGACUGCCAAGGAGAUUGUGAAGGAUCUAUCUGCAGCCACUGGGAAGGAUAUCCGAGCGGUGUUCUUGUCAGAGGAGGAAAUCACCGACCAACUUCCAAAGAACCCGAUUCUUGGUCCACAAAAGGUGAUGCGAGAUCUUUCAAUGUUUGUGGAAAUGAAGAACGUACAGAAAUGGGGGAUUGAGCUGGGAACCUUUGCUGGAUUUUUGGAGCGAGAGAAGGAACGGGUGGACAGGACAUACCUGUAA